GAAGAUAAACGUCGUCGUAACACUGCUGCUAGUGCCCGUUUCCGCAUGAAGAAGAAGCAACGUGAAGCCGCUUUGGAGUCCCAUACCAAGGAACUGCAAGACGAAAUGUCCGAAUUGCGUGCAGAGCUUGAAAAGGUCCGCAAUGAAAACCAAUGGUUGAAAGGUUUGAUC